AUGGGGGUCUGUACUUCUAAACCGAAACCCAUCCAAGAACCUGAUUUUCCUUCAUCAGGUGAAAUCAAGGUACGAUCCCAGGACAAGCAGGUACAAGCCCAGAAUAGGGAAAACCCAGUAGCGCCGGAGGACGACAACAACGGCGAAAACGCAGUGGAAACAGGGAAAAAAUCGCCGUUCUUCUCCCUUUUCUACAGCCCCAGCCCAGCCCAUUACCUGUUCUCGAAAAAGUCUCCGGCACCGGGAACCGGGACGCCGAGGAGGUUCUUCAAGCGUCCGUUUCCACCUCCGUCGCCAGCAAAGCACAUCAAGGCAGUUCUCGCUCGGCGGCAUGGCUCCGUGAAGCCAAACGAGGCGGCAAUUCCAGAGGGGAAUGAGGUUUCAGAUGCGUCAGGUCUGGACAAGAGCUUCGGGUUCUCCAAGAAGUUUUAUGGCAGGUAUGAGCUUGGGGAGGAAGUUGGGAGGGGGCAUUUUGGGUAUACUUGCCGGGCCAAGUUCAAGAAAGGGGAGCUCAAGGGGCAAGAAGUUGCUGUUAAGGUCAUUCCCAAAGCAAAGAUGACCACUGCUAUUGCUAUUGAAGACAUAAGAAAGGAGGUGAAAAUAUUGCGAGCUUUGACAGGACACAACAAUUUGAUUCAGUUUUAUGAUGCUUUUGAAGACCACGACAAUGUCUACAUUGUGAUGGAGUUAUGUGAAGGUGGCGAGCUUUUGGAUCGAAUACUUUCGAGGGGUGGCAAGUAUGCGGAAAACGAUGCAAAAACAGUGAUGAUACAGAUACUUAAUGUUGUCUCAUUCUGCCAUCUUCAAGGGGUGGUUCAUCGUGAUCUUAAACCUGAGAAUUUUCUAUUCACAUCCAAGGAAGAAAACUCGCUGCUGAAAGCCAUAGACUUUGGUUUAUCCGAUUUUGUGAAACCAGACGAGAGGCUUAACGACAUUGUAGGCAGUGCAUAUUAUGUGGCACCCGAAGUUUUACAUCGGGCAUAUAGCACAGAGGCCGAUGUUUGGAGUAUAGGUGUGGUAGCGUAUAUCCUUCUGUGUGGGAGCCGCCCAUUUUGGGCUCGAACGGAGUCCGGUAUUUUUCGGGCCGUAGUGAAAGCCGAGCCCACUUACGAGGAACAGCCCUGGCCCACACUCUCAUCUGAGGCUAAGGACUUUGUUAAGCGCCUCCUGAACAAGGACCCAAGGAAAAGGAUGACUGCACCUCAAGCCUUAUGUCAUCCAUGGAUCAAAAAUAGUAAUGGUGUGAAAGUGCCGUUGGACUUGCUAAUAUUUAAACUUAUGAAAGCUUACAUGCGUUCGUCUCCUCUACGGGAAGCUGCUUUACGGGCUUUAUCUAAAACCCUUACUAUUGACGAACUCUUCUAUUUAAGAGAGCAAUUUGCGCACCUGGAGCCGACCAAAAACGGAACAAUUAGCUUGGACAAUAUCAAAGCGGCCUUGAAGCAGAACGCUACCGAUGCCAUGAACGAGUCACGAAUUUAUGACUUCCUUGCUUCGCUUAGUGCCCUUCAAUACAGAAGAAUGGAUUUCGAAGAAUUCUGUGCGGCUGCAUCAAGUGUUUACCAGUUAGAAGCUCUCGAUAGAUGGGAGCAACAUGCUCGUUGUGCCUAUGAGCUUUUUGAUAAAGAAGGCAACCGAACUAUCAUGAUCGAGGAAUUAGCUUCGGAGCUUGGCCUUAGCCCUUCUGUUCCAGUUCAUGCGGUUCUCCAUGACUGGAUUAGACACACAGAUGGAAAGCUUAGCUUUCUCGGAUUUGUUAAGUUACUGCAUGGUGUUUCGACCCGGUCACUUGCCAAAGUACAUUGA